GUUUCAUUCAACUGUCACAUUUAUUUACUCUUGCAAUCUUUUUCCUAUUUAUUUGUGACAUUCACAGUAUUAUCACCAUCAUUAGCUAUCGUUGUUACCAUCUGCGCAAAUCGUAGCAGGAUAAAAAAGAGAAUAAAUUCUCUUCUAUCAUUGUUAGAGCUUUUGUUGUCGUUUAGUCGACUUCCGACUCUUAGAAAGCUCACAACGAUGUGAACAAUGUUAGGAGUCGAAUUGUUUGUGAUCCUUUUGAUUUGUCGGGAUGUGAAAGCAGAUGCUUACAAUAAAGUAAUAAGUGAACUAUUUGAUAAUCUGAAUAAUGAAGUGUUGGAUGUUAAUCAUCAAACAGCUAAACUCGCUUGGGAUACAAACUUUGGAGAGAAUGAAGAAGAAACUUCAGUAAAUGUUCACCAAUUUGCUAAAAGGAAAUUGAAUUGGACAAUCAGUCGAUGCCAUGAAAUGUCAAAACACUCGCAACGCUUUAAUGAACAACAGAAAAGAAUUUUUAACAUUCUUUGUCGGGGGACAAAGUACACUCGUUAUCAGUUAAAGAAGUUAAUCGACUUAUCCAAUCACAUUGAAAAAAUUUAUACAGACACGCGAGUUUGCAUUCCAAAAGGAUUAGAUUUUUGUCAACAACCACAGAAGCUUUUGAAUGCAACAUUUAUUCAAUUAGACGACAAUGUCAGUCAAAUUAUGUUUGAAAUAAAUAACAUCGAAGUCCGUGAUGUUAAAGGGUUUGACCUUUCUGAGUUUCGUUGCUUCAAUGGUGAACCCGAAUUGGAAAAACUUAUGGGAAAUGAUUUCCCUCCGACACUUCAUGACAUUUCUGCUUGUAAAGAAAAUAAAAUGUUCAUAAACUACUGGAUUUGGGAGUCGUGGCGUGUAGCCAUUGGACCCGAAAUAAAAUUAUUUUACCCUCAACUAGUGAAGAUAAUGAAUGAAGGGGCCAGAAAUGCUGACUACAAUAACAUCGGUGACAUUUGGAAGAAGGAAAUGGAUGUCGGUGAAGAUGUGGAAAGUUUAAUGAAACGUUUGAUGGAUGAAGUUCAACCAUUGUACAACAUGCUUCACGCUUUCACGAGAUCGAUUUUGGAGAAGAAAAUGAAAUUAACGAGCGGACGAAACCUCCCAGCACAUGUCUUGGGAUGGGAUGCGAAUUGGUUUCAAUUGUUUAAAGAAUUCAUUGAACCACAGCUCUUCAAAACGUCUAAUUGGAACAUGGAUGAAGCUAUAAAAGCGACUAACUGGACACCAAUGGACAUAAUGAAACGAAUUGAAGAUUUCUACACUUCAACAGGCUUAACUCGAAUGACGAAAACAUUUUGGGAUAAAAGUUUCCUCGGACAGAAUGGAAAUGUGAGUUGCCAUGGAACAGCUGCUGAUAUGUUUGCUGUUGAUGACUUUCGAAUCGUUGUUUGUGGAUUUAAAACGUUUUAUGAUUAUUAUGUGAUUAUUCAUGAGAUGGGACACAUUGAACAGUACAUGUUGAUGGAAGAUCAACCAGCAGCAGUAAGAGCUGGAAAUUCCAUCAUUCAAGAGACGAUUGGCGACGCUUUCUUUCUCGGAAUGAUGACGCCAACACAUUUAAAUCGCUUACAAUUGAUUGAUGAUAAGAAACUCUUUCCAAACAUUCAGAAUAAUUUUGAUCUGCAACAAUUGAUGACAGUGGCGUUCAUGAAACUCCCAGAAAUUCCAUUUGGAUAUGUCUUUGAAAAAUUUCGCUUUGAUUUGUUUAGUGAACGCGUGGGCGUUGAACAGUUUAAUGAUUAUUUCUGGCAGUUGACGAGGAAGUAUCAACACAUUGAUCCACCGAAUAUUUUUGUCAAUCGACAUGAAAUGUUUGAUGUCGCUGCGAAAUAUCAUUUUGCAGCUAAUGUGCCAUAUGCUCGAUACUUCUUUGCAAACAUUCUUCAAUAUCAAGUUUUUCGUGCUCUUUGCGAGAAAACACUUUUCGGUAUUUUAAACUCGAAUCACACACUUACAUUGCCAUUGCAUAAAUGUGACAUUUAUGGAUCAAAGAGAGCUGGCAGCAUAUUAAAAAAGGCUUUGAAGAGUGGAAAUUCUGAUGAUUUACGAACAAUCUUGAAGAAUCUUACAGGAAGUGAUAAAAUAUCAACCGAUGCUUUAAUGGAAUAUUACAAGCCGCUAACUGUCUGGUUGUCGGAUUACCUUCAAUCUCACAAUAUAAAAUAUUAAUAAGAAGUUUAAAUUACAAUUUUUGUUGUUGUAUAUAAAUUAUUGAUGUAAAUUCAAAACCAGCCUUGAAUCUUGCAUAAUAAUAACAAAACUUAAUAAAGAUUAAUGCAUUUGAAUCUUUUCACUUAAUUUAUAUUAAAGAAAAAUUCUUUUUGUUCUCAGAUGAUUAAA